UUGAAUCUAAGCGAUGGUCUCGUCUCUAGCUUAGAAAGAGCUUUUGAGCUCUUCCCUCUGUUGUUUUCUCUCUGUUCAGGAACAAAGAGAUUUUUCUGCCUUUAAUUAAAAGGAAUAUUAAUUCUCCGCUCCUUUCUCGAGCGACUUGAAGACACUCUGCAAACACCCGCCUGCUCGGCACUGCGGUGGGGUGAGCUCUGCUAUGGUACGGGGCACCGAGAUGUGGGGGAACCAUCCCAAAACCCCACGGCGAACACGGAGCAGCCGCCGGGGAGGAUGCUGACAGCCCCGGCGCCCGCGGUCCUCGGAUAACGCGGAGACGCGGGCCGCCACCAUGCCCGACUCGCCAGCCGACGUGAAGACGCAGUCCAGGUCCACGCCGCCCAGCAUGCCUCCACCGCCGCCAGCCAUCACGCAGGGAGCCACGCGCCACCCCUCCUUCACACCAAACACCAAUCGAGACGCUGGCCCUCCGACGUUUCUGCCUCGCGGCCGUUUUCAUGGUUGCUUGAAAUGGUCGAUGGUCUGUCUUUUGAUGAAUGGGAGCAGCCACUCGCCGACCGCCAUCAAUGGGGCCCCAUCCACCCCCAACGGGUUCAGCAACGGGCCGGCCACCUCCUCCACCGCCUCCCUCUCCACCCACCAGCUCCCGCCGGCCUGCGGUGCCCGCCAGCUCUCCAAGCUCAAGCGCUUCCUCACCACGCUGCAGCAGUUCGGCAACGACAUCUCCCCCGAGAUCGGGGAGCGAGUGCGCACCCUUGUCCUGGGGCUCGUGAACUCCACGCUCACCAUUGAGGAGUUUCACGCCAAGCUCCAGGAGGCCACCAACUUCCCGCUGCGACCCUUCGUCAUCCCCUUCCUCAAGGCCAACCUGCCACUGCUGCAGCGGGAGCUGCUGCACUGCGCCCGCAUGGCCAAGCAGACCCCGGCCCAGUACCUGGCCCAGCACGAGCAGCUGCUGCUGGACGCCAACGCCUCCUCUCCCAUCGACUCCUCCGAGCUGCUCCUGGAGGUGGGCGAGAGCGGCAAGAGGAGGACGCCAGACAGGACCAAAGAGAACGGUUUGGACCGAGACCCUCUGCACCCCGAGCACCUCAGCAAGCGGCCGUGCACCAUGAGCCCGGCGCAACGCUACAGCCCCAGCAAUGGGCUGAGCCACCCACCCAAUGGGCUGGGGCACCCCCCCGCCGGCCCCCCCUUGCCCCAGCACUACCGCCUGGAGGACAUGGCCAUGGCGCACCACUACCGCGACGCCUACCGCCACCCCGACCCCCGGGACCUGCGUGAGCGCCAGCGGCCCGCCGGGGAGCUGACGCGCCGGUCGCGGACGGUGCUGCGGCGGUGCCAGGAGGCCGACCGCGAGGAGCUCAACCACUGGAUCCGGCGCUACAGCGACGCCGAGGACAUGAAGAAAGGCAGCCCCCCCCCCGCCCGCCCCCACAACAGCUCCUCUGCCUCCGAGGCACCCCAGUUAGACGCUCACCGGGAGUUCGCGCCGCGGCCCCUCUCCGGGUACAUGCCGGAGGAGAUCUGGAGGAAGGCUGAAGAAGCUGUGAACGAGGUGAAGCGUCAGGCCAUGUCCGAGCUGCAGAAGGCUGUGUCGGACGCCGAGCGGAAAGCCCACGAGCUGAUCACGACGGAGCGAGCCAAAAUGGAGCGAGCCCUGGCCGAGGCCAAGCGCCAGGCUUCGGAGGAUGCCCUGACCGUCAUCAAUCAGCAGGAGGACUCGAGCGAGAGCUGCUGGAACUGCGGGCGCAAAGCAAGUGAGACCUGCAGUGGCUGCAACACCGCCCGCUACUGUGGCUCCUUCUGCCAGCACAAGGAUUGGGAGAAGCACCACCACGUCUGCGGGCAGACUCUGCAAGGGCUGCCGGCCCCCACCGUGUACUGUAUGUUUGACCUGUGA